UCUGUUUUUCUCUCUCCGUUUGCACCUCGUUCGUUUGCAUUCCACAUUUUCCCCGACCAAUGCUGACAACGUUCAGCAAAGAAAAUUUUGUGAAAUCCUUAUUUACAUCGAACGAAACCGGCUAAAAUUGUGUUUUUCUGCAAUGAUGCUCAGCGAAGGAGCGGUCGUCUUGGACGAACUGCACCAUCAGAUAGAGGAAACCAUCCAUUAUUGCUACGUUUGCAAUACGCCAGUUUCCAACACCACCAACAAUCUCUGCCAUCUGUUUCCGAUCAUGAGCGAAGAUGAGGAAGCACUCAGUCCUGCCACUAUUCUUGCAAAUAUGCUGCAGUUGGACAUCACGCCGGAACUAUCCCACUCACAAGCCAUUUGCAUCCAGUGCAAUCUGCUGUGCAAUGAGUACCAACAGCUGUUGGACCGAUUGGAUUCUAUCAAGCUGCAGAUCACUGUUAGCUACAAUAGCACGGUGACUAAGCUGGCCGCAAGUUUAACCGCUAAAGAACUGGUGGAAGCUGAAGCCGAGGCACUAGACGAUUGCAGCAUGUCUCAAGAUUUGGUGCUUCCAGACACGGAUUCAGAAAUGAUUGCUAUUCCUCUGAGUGAUCUAACGGCCGUUGUUCCGGUCUCGUCAAGCGUUGCGCUGGAAUCAGACUCGGAUGCACCCUCGGAAACGAUAGUUCAACCGCUGCCCAAGCUUCAUCUCAUUCCUCGACAAAUGGACAGCACGGAAUCGAUUACACCCACGUCGAAAAAUAAUUCACGUUCCAUCAUCAAAGUGUUGCAAAAACCGGUAUCCGAAAGUUCAUCGGCCACCAUUACCAGCGAUGCUAUGAGCAACGACGUGGACAUAUGCGAGGUUCCUUCGACGGCCAUCACGAUGGAGCAGUUCUUUGACGGUGGCGACGGGAAUAUGGUGGAAAUCAUAACCGAUGCCAAUUCGACGGAUUACAUUUACGAAAAUGUAAUCGAAACGAUCGGUGUCUCCGAAGACGAUGACCCCAGCGAUGACAACGGAAACGACGGAGUGUUGAUUCUCAAAGGAAGGAAGCCAUCGACCGCGGUGUCCGUGGCGACGAUGGACGACGGUAGUCAGCACAUCGAAAGUGGUCUAUCCGAAAAGAGUGCGGAGUUUACGAUGUCCGAUCAAGCCUUCGGGCAGGAAGCGGACCCCGACAGUGCACAGAUAUUGAUAGCCGCAGCCAACGAGAGCUUGAACCGGAUGAAGGCCAAACUGGAAUCGCUCUUCAUCAAAACCAACAACAAUUAUUACUGCGCCCUGUGCAGUGCCAACGGAGGCCCUUCUACAGCUCACAAUGUGAAAACCGUUGCCAUUCAUCUGAAGAACGAUCACAACGAGAAGAUCCUAAUCUGCGAGCACUGCGAUGCUGUAUUCCGCCGGCGGACAGAAUACAAUCAGCAUUUGGAUCAGCACGUGGCCCAGGAACUGACUGACUUCCGGUGUGACGUUUGUCAAACGAAAUUCAACAACAUUCGAGCGCUUCGGAUGCACCGGAAGAAUCACGUCGCCACGCCCAAAGUGUGGUCAUGUGAGGUGUGUCAGAAAAAGUACAGCUCCAAGAAUUUGCUGGAUGAGCAUAUGAAUAUGCAUUCGGGUAAACGACCGUUCAAGUGCUCUCUAUGUCCGAAGGACUUCGCUUCCAAGUACACCCUCACGGCUCACAUGAAAAUCCACCAGGAUCGUGAGCGCUUGUAUAGUUGCAAGGAGUGCGGCAAAGGAUUCUACAGUCAGAACAAUCUCAUCCAACACGAGAAGAUUCAUUCCGGCGUUAGGGACUAUCGAUGUCCGGAUUGUGGGAAAACGUUCAUGUCCCAGCACAAUCUGGAUAUCCACAAAAUCGUUCACCUCAACUACAAGCCCUUUAUAUGUCGGACGUGUGGCAAAGGGUUCGCUCGAAAAGCGGAAAUCAAAGAUCACGAACGAACUCAUACCGGAGAACGACCGUUCGUGUGCGACAUAUGUGAUGCCAGCUUUUCUCAACGAUCAAAUCUACAAUCGCAUAAACGGGCCACACAUUUCAACGACAAACGAUACAAGUGCGAUAUCUGCAGUAGGUGCUUCAAGCGGCGCCGUUUGCUGGACUAUCACAUAAAAGCGUGUCACACAGGCGAACGUCCGUACAAAUGCGACGUCUGUUCGGCGACUUUUGUGUAUCCGGAGCACUUUAAGAAGCAUCAGAAGAUUCAUACCGGGUCGAAGCCAUUCGCCUGCGAAGUGUGCAGCAAAACGUUCAACAGUCGAGACAACCGAAAUGCUCAUCGGUUCGUGCACAGCGACAAAAAGCCGUACGAAUGUGUUACCUGCGGGGCGGGAUUCAUGCGCAAACCGCAACUGUACUCCCACAUGCAACAGCGGGGCCACCUGAACGAUACCAUCGUGGUUAACCAGCCGAGGAUAACCAGUGAAGAUAUGCUGGAAUUCGAUACGACCACUGACUCGAUUGGCGAUCCGGUUGAGUUUGAAUCGAAGGACGGCAUCAUACUGGAGGAAGACAUCGACGGGACACACAUUCUGAUGCGGGAUGAGUACUACAUCGAGGAAGAAGACAUCGAAGAAGAGGAAGAAGAACUUGAUGAACAGGACCACGUGAACUCAGAAGUAGCUGGUCCUAGCGAUCAGAUGGUCACCAACGCGCUUCAACUGGCCGACGCGACAGAGCUUUCCGAGUCGACUGCCUUGCUGGCGUCCAGCGCAGGUUUCAUCGAAGAAUCGGAUAUCAUCAGUCACGACGGUGAUGAUGAGGAGGGUAUGCAGAUGAUGAAGCUGAAAAUAACAAAUCCAAACGGAACGGACGGAAUAACCUGGGUGAAUUUUGUUUCGGAAUAAAAAAAAAAGUAGCGAUCGUGGGAAUCGAAAACAGGUUGAAUUACAACCAAAGAUAGUGCUAAUCGGAAUUUAUGUUCUUUGCAGAAAUGGCGAGAAUAAAGUGUACAUAUACCAAUGCAGAAUAAA